AAUGGUUUCACAGUACGGUAUCAAAUUCGCCGUCCAUCUUAUCACCAACCACUUCGGCAAUCUCGUCGCUAAAGUAUGCGAAACUCUACUUAGCAAUGGACCUCUCACUUUGGAACUGUUGAUUCGCUUCACGGAGCUUACCAAGGAGCAAGUCAAGAACUCCCUACUUGUCUUAGUUCAACACAAUUGUUCCCAAGCAUUUGUUCCUGGAUAUGAAGGUGGUGACGGAGAUGGAUUGAAAGCUAGAACACAGUACCUGGCAUUGUUUGAUAACAUACUCCAUCGAUUGAGAUUUCCCAAAUUCUUGGAGAUUGUGUCUCGGGAACUUGAUGAUGAAUGUGUAGAGCUUCUUGACGGAUUGCUUCGUGAUGGUAGGCUUACACUGAAACAAAUGGUUGACAGAGCAAGUCAAGGAAAAGAAAAUGCUGUGGCUAGAGAUGCUGUACGAGAGAGCCUUUGUAAACUUUUGAAAGCUCGCUAUGUUGAACGCUGCCCUGCCCCUGAAUUGGUUGUUUCUACCUUAGCUAAAGAAGAAACAACUACUAGGAAGCGAGGUGCUAAGUCUGCCAAGAAAUUUGAAGCACCAGAGACCUUAGAACAACGCGUUCUAGAAGCAGUGGUGCCUGGGCAAGCAAUCAGAUUUUCACUCACUGCAGAUACAGGAUGUAAUGCUGAUAGAGAAACAAAUUCAGAUGAUUCCCCAAUGAUAAGUGUUGGAGAAAAUGUUGCAAUAGACGAACAAACACUUUGGCGUGCAAAUUUUGAGGAGUUUGUACGUCAUCUUAGGAAUAAGGCAUUGAUGGAGAAUGUAAGAACACAACUGGAUGAUGGAGCUGCUACUGUCUUAAGUGCAAUACUGGAGGCAACAAGAACUGUAGAGAAAAAAGUAAAAAUAGAGAAUUCAGUUCCCUUAUCACUGGAUACAAUAUUCACAGAGGUGAUGAAGACUGAAAAUGGUCGUGCUAUGACGUUAGAUCGUGUUAAAGCUUCUCUUAGCCAGAUGCAUUGUCCACCAAGGAUGUUUGUAGAUGAUUCAUUUAGUAUUGAUUUGAAGUACAUUAUUGAAUUAGCUCGAAAUGAAGAGGUUGAGUCAAUUGUGUUGAAAAGGUAUGGAAGGGAUGCCUACAGAAUGUUCAGGCUACUGUCAAAGGAUAAUUGUUUUUGUGAGACAGAUAAGAUAGCUGAGUCUACUCUUGUCGAGAAAAAGGAAGCUCCAAAGUUACUAUUCAAGUUAUGGAAGGAUAACUACUUGCAUAUGGAGAAAUUACUCUUGACGGGAACCAAGCAAUCAAAGAUUUUGAUGUGGAAAGUUAAUAAGCCUCUGCUUUGGGAAUAUGUUCUGGACGAGAUGUACCAUGCUGCCUUAAAUUUGAGCCUAAGAAUGGCUUUUGAGCAGGAAAAGGAUGAAGAGCUUUUAAAUGUUCCUAAAGACAAGAUUAAGGAGCCAGGGCCACUACAGAAGAAAUACAAACGGCUGCUAAAUGUCUGGUUACUCCUGGGAUCAUCAUUGAUGAAACUUGAUGAUGCUCUGAUGCUUUUCCAUGACUUCUGAAUAUAAAUUGUGUCAGUUAUUUAUUGUAAUUUCUUCAUAAAGGAAUAGCAAAUUUGAUAUUUUAAUAAUAGGAAAGUACUACGAAUGCAAUUGGAGUGUCCACAGUAAGUAAUGUAAGU